GUAGUGGAAAUCGAGCUGGUCCAAUCCGUGUAUACCUUUUGUGACUCUAGGCACCUAAUUUCCUUGGUCCAUUUUUUUCCACACAAAAAUAUUAACCAAAUUACAAUCUACUUACUAUUUCUGGUCUCCCCUUGGCAAUACCUAAACUACCCUCUUUGGCUCAUACAGUUCACUGUACAAGCUGCACUCUUGGAUGAAACGUUCUGGGUGGUAAGAGAGGCAUAUGAAGAUCGGCGGCCGAAGGAGGAUCGGUGAAUAUAAUCCAGCGAGAAUCAGAGGGUCCCACUCGAGACAAGAUUUACCUCCCUAAAAAGCACAAGUGGAAGAAGCAUAGGAUAAAAUUAGUACAUGAAGUUGGGUUUCAAGAAGGAUAUUUGAGAAUGUGCUUUGUGAGGCAUCAUCAGUAGAAGCAAGCAAGCCGGUCAAAUAUAUUCUUCUUUUUUUUUCUUUUGCCUUUCUUUGGUCACUAUAAAACAAAUCUCAGCUUCCUCUCUUGGCCUAUACUCACAAAACAAACACUCUCUUCUUCAAUUGUUCUUUUGAGUUUACGGACUUAAAAGAGAAGAAGCUAUGGUGAAGUUUACAAAACAAUUCGAGGGGCAGCUCAUUCCCGAAUGGAAAGACGCCUUCGUCGAUUACUCCCAGCUGAAGAAAGACCUCAAGAAAAUCCAUAUGUUAAACAAUAGAGUUGAGAAGAAGCACACUGAAACUUCACUCAUAAAAACCAUUAAGUCCUCUUUAGGAAAGCUUUCCCUUUUCGGUAACAAGGAGCGAGGACGAUCUAGUACCAUCCAAGUUCAUAAGAAGCUUGCUUCUUCUGGAAGUAACAAUGACGUGUAUGAGACGGAACUUCUCGAGAAGAUUGCUGAUGAUACUGAUGCUGCAAAAGAGUUCUUCGCGUGUCUAGACACCCAGCUUAACAAAGUGAAUCAGUUCUACAAAACAAAGGAGAAAGAGUUCUUGGAAAGAGGAGAGUGUCUGAAGAAGCAAAUGGAGAUACUCAUUGAGCUCAAAGAAGCUUUCAAACAAAAGCACACCAAUGGAGAGUCUACUCAAGAAUCAAAAGAAGACGAUUCCAUAUCAUGCACCAUCUCUUGCGAGGAAGACUCUGUUAGGAACAGAACAGAACAAAUGCAAGUUGAGGAAUGUUGUUUAGAGGAUUUGGAGGAUAAUGGACCAGAAGCAUUGGAGUCUCCAAGAUCAGAAGAACCGAUCAAAAUCAACAACGAGGACUCGAAGCUGACAACGGGUUCUGGUCGAGUAUUCAGCUGUCAAGGGAAGAACGUCAAGAUAAAGAUUCCAUUGACCAAUCCUUCUCGUACAUUCUCAGCCAUCAGUUACUUGAUAAACCACUCCUCAUCAAAAAAAUACAGUCCAGAUGGAGGAAAUAAGCUGCAAAUCAGCAAGAAAAAACUAAGCCACGCUGAGAAGAUGAUAAAAGGAGCUUUGACAGAACUCUUCAAAGGGUUAAACUAUCUCAAAACUUACAGAAACUUGAACAUGUUAGCCUUCAUGAACAUUCUCAAAAAGUUCGAUAAGGUAACUGGAAAACAAAUCCUUCCAAUCUAUCUCAAAGUUGUGGAAAGUUCUUAUUUCAACAGCUCAGACAAGGUGAUAAAUCUAUCUGACGAAGUUGAGGGAUGGUUCAUCAAGCACUUCGCUGGAGAAAAUCGUAGAAAGGCGAUGAAAUAUCUGAAACCGCACCACCGUAAAGAGUCUCACUCUGUCACCUUCUUCAUUGGUCUUUUCACUGGUUGCUUUGUUGCGCUUCUUGCUGGCUACAUCAUUGUGGCUCAUCUAACUGGAAUGUAUAGACAACACUCUGAGAACACUUUCUACAUGGAAACUGCAUAUCCUGUGCUUAGCAUGUUUGGGCUCUUGUUUCUACACUUGUUCUUAUACGGCUGCAACAUAUUUUUUUGGCGAAAAGCGAGGAUAAACUAUAGUUUCAUCUUCGAACUUGGGUCCCAAAAUGAGCUCAAGUACAGAGAUGUUUUCCUGAUAUGUACCGCUUCAAUGUCUGCCAUAGCUGGUGUCAUGUUUGUUCAUCUAUCACUUCUUGCCAAAGGUUACUCCUUUAGACAAGUUCAAGUGAUCCCUGGCCUUCUAUUACUGGCCUUCUUGUUAAUACUGAUUUGUCCCUUGGACAUUUUCUAUAAAUCAAGCCGUUACCGGCUUAUAUCAGUCAUUAGAAACAUAGUUUUUUCGCCUCUUUACAAAGUCGUGAUGCUCGAUUUCUUCAUGGCUGAUCAACUUUGUAGCCAGGUGCCGAUGUUAAGGAACCUAGAAUACAUCGCCUGCUACUAUAUAUCUGGUAGCUACGCAACACAGGACUAUGGGUACUGUAUGAGAGUCAAAUACUACAGAGAUCUCGCCUAUGCAGUUUCCUUCCUACCAUACUACUGGAGAGCAAUGCAGUGUGCAAGAAGGUGGUUUGAUGAAGGUGAAACGAGCCACCUAGUGAACCUAGGGAAGUACGUGUCAGCGAUGUUAGCCGCUGGAACCAAAGUGGCUUACGAGAAGGAAAGGAGCAUCGGUUGGCUCUGCCUUGUGGUGGCUAUGUCAAGUGUAGCUACAGUCUACCAAUUGUAUUGGGACUUUGUAAAAGAUUGGGGUUUACUUCAACACAAUUCCAACAACCCUUGGCUUAGGAACCAACUCAUGCUUCGCCAAAAAUCCAUUUACUACUUCUCUAUGGUUCUAAAUCUUGUUCUGAGGUUGGCAUGGCUACAAACAGUUUUGCACUCAAGUUUUGAGCAUGUAGAUUACCGAGUAACAGGAUUGUUCUUGGCUUCUCUUGAAGUCAUUAGGAGAGGACAAUGGAACUUUUACAGAUUGGAGAAUGAGCAUCUAAAUAAUGCAGGCAAGUUUAGAGCUGUAAAGACAGUGCCACUUCCUUUUAGAGAAGUCGACGAAGAAGACUGACCUCUGAUCUGAUCUGAUCGAUCAUCAUUGUUAACUUUGUCACAACAAUAUGAGAAGAAGGGGAAGAGAAGGAUUUGUUCUUUCUUGAUCAACCAUAUUUUGUGAUCAACGAUCAAGAAUCUUCAAACUAUUAUUAUUAUUAUUCUUGUCCAAAAAUUAGUGUAACUAAAGAAUCUUACUCCCCCCUUUA